AUGAUAACCAUCCAACCCUCUGUCUUCUUCAUGAUCAUCUAUAUGCUCACGUUCCUGACAAUAACUGUGCAGAGCAGCUUAACUGCUGUAGUGCUGGGCACAGAGUGGGUGAGGUUCCAAAGGCUGUCACCCGUGCAAAUGACCCUCCCUGCUGGCGUCUGCUGCUUCUGCCAACUGUGCUCAUCGACGCUGUACAUUUGCUCCCACUUCCUCCCUAAUUACGAAUUCUGCUACUUCAGGAUCGUCUGGGAAUUUACUAUUCUUUCAUUCUGGUUGACCAGCACGCUUGCUGUCCUCUACUGUGUCAAAGUCUCCUCCUUCAGCCACCCCAUCUUUUGGCUGAAGUGGAGAAUUGUGAGGUUGGCUCCUCGGCUGUUGCUGGGUUCUCUGCUGAUUUCCUGUGUGUCUAUCGUCUUUGCAGCUGUUGGGCAUUACAGCAAGAUUCAACUGAUCUCCAUGAGGCACUUCCCUAGAAACAGCACCAUGACUGAGAGACAAGAUAUUCCUGUGGGAUUUUUCCAUGUGCCAGCCAGUGGUUGUGUUGAUUAUUCCUUUCCUCCUGUUCCUGCUUCCACCCGCUUGCUCAUGGCCUUAUUAUUCCAACACCUGAGGCAGAUGAAAGAUCAUCACACCAGCCCCUCCAGCCUGGAAGCUCACUCUACUGCCCUGAGGUCCCUUGCCGUCUUCCUCAUUUUCUUCACCUCUUAUUUUCUGACCCUACUAAUCUCCAUCUGGGGUGUCCUUUUUAAUAAGGGGUCCUGGUUCUGAGCCUGGGAAGCUAUCGUCUGUGCUCUAGUCUCUAUUCAUUUGACUUCACUGAUGCUGAGCAGACCUAAACUGAAAAGGGUUUUAAAGGUAAGGUGCUGGGGCCUAGAGGCUGCCUGA